AUGCGUCUCCUCACCUUUCUCGGGGUUCUUCCCCUUGUCUCCCUCGUCACUGGCCGACCUUACUUCAUCGGCCGUGACCAAAAGCUUUCCGACUUGGAUAUCGUCGUUGGAUAUCCCGUCUCUGUUCCCGAGACGUUAAGCCUUAUGGAACAAACCACAAGCGCAGUCUCUGCUCCCGAGACUUUAAGCCUUUUGGAGAAGUCAACAGUCUCUGCUCCCGAGACUUUAAGCCUUUUGGAGAAGUCAACAGUCUCUGCUCCCGAGACUCUAAGCCUUUUGGAGUUAACGACAGUCUCUUCUCCCGAGACUUUAAGCCGUAUGGAGAUUACAAAUGUCUCUACUCCCGAGACUUUAAACCUUGUGGAGAUAAUUACGACCCGGGAUGGGAAUAUCCUUUCCCCAGUUGACGUCAGGGCGGCCCUGACCAUCCCGGUCAAUAUGACCGUGGAUGAGUCUGAAACCCUGGCGGCUCUGCCCACUAGGUCGAGAGGCGCGGAAACCGCCUCGAUGACUUCGGUGACGAGUACGCACGUCGCCAAGUCAGUUUCCACGGCGAGCGACACCCGGCCCAGCUCCACGGCCAGGGUAGGGCCUUUCCAGCCCCAGCUCCUCCUCACCACGACCCCGUAUAGGGAGGCGAUCCCACGUACCCCAUCGCCAACCUAUACGGGGGUCUCGCCCUACUCCCUGUGGAAUGGAAAGUCCCUACCCAUUUCACUCCCGUUUGUCUCCGCCCGGGUCACAACCUCUGGCGUCCUUGUCGAGCCCACGUCGCCAUCACCAGCUUCCACUCUUCUUCAUUCAACAAGCUGGGCAGAGUUUGCCAGACUUCUUACUGUUUCUCAGUUUACCAUUACUUUGGAUCAACAUAAACGAACUCCUUCUACUACGAGCGGUAGUUCUGACUCCUCCCGACCAACUGCCGUAGGCUCUAGAUCUCCUACCACUACAGGCAUGGCCAGUGUCGAGCUUGGUUCGUAUAAUACACGGAUUAUUUCCUCUCCACAAAUUACCAACCCACCUGUCACUACCAUCCUCGUUCAGCUCACACCAUCCACCUUGAUAAGGCAACGUCGUUCGGCUGCUACUUCUGAGCCAGGACCAUUAUUCCUUGAAUGGACUCCCGAUUUCGGAGUUACGGACCUCGGAUUAAAAACUAAUCCUAUCAUGCUUGAAUUAAGGGCACCUUCAUACGUCAGCGAACAUUAUUACACAGCCCAGAUCCCGGAUGAAUCUGAGGCAAGUUGCACGACAGGACGUGAUCCUGGUAUUGGUCCUUCACCUUUCUCGGCCUCAUACACUACUAUAGAGCCACAUUGGUCAGAUCCAUACUUCCGGGAGCCAAUUACCCUUUCUUCUCGUCAAGUUACAUCGGUUACACUUUUCCCUUGCCCCCAUGACCCGUCCUCGGACAGGCUUUGCAUAGGACCACCCACUUCUUGCACCUCUGCUACUCUUAAAACAGAGCAUCAUGUCCGCACACCCAGUCCAGCUGAAGUAUCACUGGUCCUUCCAACCCCUACAAGGGAACCAAUGAGCUCUAUAACAUUUUUACAUAUUGAUCUAUCCCUCCCGGAGAAUGGUGGUCAUAUGAUGGGAAUACGCGAACCCAUGGAGAACACCGAAAGACAUUCGACCCUUCCUCCAAGCCCAAUGAUGCCUUGGGAUUCUGAUUGGUUCGAAAUGCUUUCGCAUAUUCCAGUCACCCAUACUCCUACUACUAAUCAUCAUAACGCUAUACCUAAGGCGUCCACAGCAGUACAGCCGAUGAAUGACACCAUUACCUCCCUGCCAUCAUGGUAUAAUGGGCCUGUGGCCACUCUUACGACUAUUACUACUCGUCGUCAAGAGAUUUGGGCAUCCACUUGGAUCGCUCCGAUUCCUGUUAAAACGCAGACUCCAUCCAGCUCUAUGAGCAAGUAUACACGCAGAAGAAUGCCACCACAGCCUCGGAGUACCCGCUCAACCACGAUCAAUGGAUACACAUCAUUCCUCGUAGACCAUCAAGCAAGCACGGAGACUAAACUCCUCGGUGCUCUGAUCAAGUUCAGCACUAUUACUUUACCUCUUUUUGAUGGCCGACACUCCACUUUGACUGUCUGCGAACCUUCCGUGACGAGAAAUCCUUAUGAGAAUCUCACACAUAUUAAGAUGACUCCCGAGGACAUAGAAUACAUCAUGGCCAGGCAACUACCAAAACCGGUCAAUACAGACCCAAGAGCUGGGUACGGAGAACUUAUUCUUCCAGCCGCAUCAGUACCAGCGUCCAGGCCUCUGUCUCUACCCUCCAUCAGUAACAUUAAUGUUAACAAUAUUCGUCUCAACACCGCUACCUCCAUCGUCUGUUCGGAGUCUACAUGGGCAGUCCUCAUUGUUUUCAUGGUUCUCUUCCCCAUUACUUUCACCAUUGUCAUGACUGAGCUCUUGAUUCGCCAUAUCUGGUUCCGUGGUGUUCCUGAGGAUAUCAAGAUCAGGCUUUUGGCUGAUAAGAGAUACCGGGGGUAUGAAAGAAUGAUCGGAGUCGGUAUUAUCGCAACAGUUUCUGUCCUCAUUGGUGUUUUGGUAGCAUGUUAUCUCCGAAACGGAAUGUGCGAAGACAUCAAGGUAUACGAAGACCUCGCUAGUGCUGGACAGAGACAAUUCUGA